GCUGAAAGCAAAUAAAACAAGACAACACUACACAGAGGCCCAUGAAGGAAGCCUUAUGAGCUAACCCUAGCCGGAAGGUUUUCCUCUUACAGCCGCUGUCUGUGUUAAAUUAAUAUUGGGGAUUUGAUAUAGUGCAAAUCCAUAACAUCGCCGGAGAACACCCGAGUGCAAUUCAAGGGUUCCGAAAUCGUAUUCCAUAUCCGCAUCCAAAUCCGUCUCGAAUUUUAAAGAACACAGACAAAGAGAAAAUGGCUUCACGUUUCUGGGGUGGUCAGAGUGACAGCGAGACUGAAGAGGAGGAGAGUGAUUAUGAUGAUAUUGAGGAGAACGUAGCGGGUGCGGGUGAUGGUGGAGCUGCUGAUGCUGGAAGCAGGUACCUGCAGAAAAAUGCUAGUGACAGUGAAGACUCUGAUGGCCAAAAACGAGUUGUCGUCUCUGCAAAGGAUAAGCGCUUUCAAGAGAUGACUGCUACUGUCGAGCAGAUGAAGAAUGCUAUGAAAAUCAAUGACUGGGUGAACCUCCAAGAGAACUAUGAUAAGAUAAAUAAACAGCUCGAGAAAGUCAUGCGUGUUGUGGAGACUGGUAGGGUUCCCAAUAUCUAUAUAAAAGCCCUUGUAUUGUUGGAGGAUUUUCUGAGUGAGACUUUAGCAAAUAAGGAGGCUAAGAAAAAGAUGAGCAGCAGCAAUGCAAAAGCAUUGGUUAAAAUGAAACAGAAUUUAAAGAAGAACAACAAGCAAUAUGAGGAUUUGAUUAAUAAAUACAGGGAGAAUCCUGAGGAUGAGGAUGAGGUGGAUGAUGAUGAGUCUGAUGAUGAUGAUGAGUCUGAUUUUAUGGAUGAACCCGAGUCAGAAACCGAUGAAGGGACUGACGAGGAGGAUGAGAUGAAAGAUGACGCAGAUCAGCAGGGUGAUGAAUGGCAGAAGCAUGGGAAGAAAGAUAAGAUUAUAGAUAAGCAAUUCAUGAAGGAUCCUAGUGAGAUAACUUGGGAUACAGUGAAUAAGAAAGUGCAAGAAAUUGUUGCUUCGCGUGGUAAGAAGGGAACUAGCAAAAUGGAGCUAAUUGAACGGCUUACCUUUUUGACCAAGGUUGCUAAGACACCUGCUCAGAAGCUGGAGAUCCUUUUCAGUGUUGUAUCUGCCCAGUUUGAUGUUAAUCCUGGCCUUAGUGGGCACAUGCCAAUCAACAUUUGGAAGAAAUGUGUGCAGAAUAUGUUUGUUAUACUUGAUAUUCUUGCUCAGUAUCCAAACAUUGUUGUUGAUGAUUCUGCUGAGCGUGAUGAAAACGAAACCCAGAAAGGUGCUGACUAUGAUGGUACCAUUCGGGUAUGGGGAAACUUGGUUGCCUUCCUUGAGAAGAUAGAUGUCGAGUUUUUCAAAAGCUUGCAGUGUAUAGAUCCUUACACACGGGAGUAUGUUGAAAGGCUUAGGGACGAGCUUUUGUUUUUGGUACUGGCUCAGAAUGUCCAGGAAUACUUGGAGAAAACUAAAGAUCUGAAAGCAGCUGCAAAAGUAGCCCUGAAACGGGUCGAGUUUGUUUACUAUAAACCUCAAGAGGUUUAUGAUGCCAUGAGGAAAUUGGCUGAACAGUCUGAUGAGGAAAAUGAGGAAGAAGGCGAGGAAUUCAAGGUCGCGGGUGAAGCAAGGGGUCCUGCCAUGUUUGUAGUAACUCCCGAGCUUGUUCCUCGUAAGCCUACUUUCCCAGAGCAAAGUAGAGCCCUCAUGGAUAGUUUAGUUUCUCUCAUUUAUCAAUUUGGAGAUGAACGAACAAAGGCUCGUGCAAUGCUAUGUGAUAUCUACCACCAUGCCCUUAUGGAUGAAUUUUCGAUUGCUCGUGACUUGUUAUUGAUGAGCCACUUACAGGAUACGAUUCAACAUAUGGAUAUUUCAACCCAAAUAAUGUUCAAUAGAGCAAUGGCUCAGCUUGGCCUCUGUGCUUUUAGGAUUGGUUUAAUUACAGAAGGACACAGCUGCCUUUCUGAAUUAUAUUCUGCUGGAAGAGUGAGAGAGCUACUUGCACAAGGUUUCUCUCAAAACCGAUAUCAUGAGAAGACUCCCGAGCAGGAAAUGAGAGAAAGAAGACAACAAAUGCCAUAUCACAUGCACAUCAAUUUGGAACUCUUGGAAGCUGUUCAUCUUUCUUGUGCUAUGCUGUUGGAAGUUCCCUACAUGGCUGCUAAUACCUUUGAAUCGCAGCGUAGAAUAAUAAGCAAGACUUUCCGAAAGUUACUUGAAACUAGUGAGAGACAAACUUUGCGAGGUCCACCUGAAAAUGUUCGCGAUCAUGCCAUGGCUGCUACUAGAGCCCUUGCUCAAGGAGACUUUCAAAAAGCUUUUGAUGUCAUCACAUCACUUGAUGUAUGGAAGCUCCUAAGAAACAAAGAGGAUGUUUUUGAGAUGUUGAAAUCAAAGAUCAAAGAAGCUGCCCUCAGAACAUACUUGCUAACUUAUGCUGCUUCUUACAGUUCUGUGAGCCUCGACCAGCUGUCCAAAAUGUUUGAUCUCUCGGAGUCACAGAUACAUAGCAUCGUGAGCAAGAUGAUGGUUAAUGAGGAGCUCCGUGCUUCAUGGGAUCAACCAACCCGAUGCAUCAUCUUCUAUGAGGUUGAGCACAGUAGGUUGCAGGCUCUUGCCUUCCAAUUGACCGAGAAGCUGUCUAUUCUUGCUGAAAAUAACGAGCGAGCUAUGGAGAGUAAAUUGGGUGGCGGUUCAUUGGAUGGUUUACCUCUUAGGAGAAGAGAUGGGCCUGAUUAUGCAGCGGUUGCCUCAGGCGGCGGUAGUGGUAGGUGGCAGGACAACUAUUCCCAAGGACGACAAGGUGGGCGUUCAGGAUAUGGUGGAAAGACAUUGAAUCACGGACAGUUUUCUGCUGGUGGAUAUUCAAGAAAUCAGACGAGAGGGGCCAGCUCAUAUGGGCGCUCUUCACGAGGACAACAAACAGAUUCUUCUGCUCGUAUGGUCAGUCUCAAUCGUGGUGCACGUUGAUUGAAACCUGAAUAAGUAGCGACAAUUUUGCCUUGAGCUUUCCAUAACUAAGUCAUUUCCGCUGAUUAAUUUUAUUUUCCCAGUUGAAGGUUUUGAUUCAAAAUCAGACUUUUAUAGUUGCUUCUUGUACGCAGACUUGUGAGACAUGAAUUCUGUAUUACUGCACCGUUCCGUGUCCUUGAAAACUAUUUUUUAUUUUACGGGCCUGGUAUUUUACUGCA